GACUACUUGAUCUACAUUUUCUUCUCUCUCUUGGUUCUCCAAUCUCUACGUUAUUCUCCUCGAUCUUGAUCUCUUUAACGCCUUCUCUCUUCCUGGUUUUCGUUGGAGAAUCCUGAAAACCGUUUGAUUUUGAUCAAAGGGUCGUCAGGAUUCGGACACAGAUAUCUCGUAUCACUCCUCUGUUGUCUCAGAAGACCAAGGAAAGGAAGAAAAGCAUCAAUUUUUGCGAGCAAUCAGCUUAAAAAUCCUUGCUUCUUUCCCUUCCUUCUCUUCUUUUCUUAAAAAAUACACACAGCACAACACAACACAACCACCCAGCUGCUGAAGCUGAAGCAUUAUAACUUGUAUGAUUCAAGUGGCGAAAAAUUAAGGGUAUUGGUGUUAUGAGUGAGAGAAUGGAAUCGAGUAGCAUUGAGAGCAACACUGUGUCAUCGAUGACUAUGAUGGAAGAGGAUGAGCAUCCCCUUCAGUUUUCUUCAAUCUCGAAGCUGCAUAACAACGGUCCCACCACUACGAGUGUCCACGACCUUCUCGAAUGCCCCGUCUGCACCAACUCUAUGUACCCUCCAAUUCAUCAGUGCCACAAUGGGCACACACUCUGUUCAACUUGCAAGACAAGGGUACACAACCGAUGUCCAACUUGCAGGCAGGAGCUCGGUGAUAUAAGAUGUCUGGCAUUGGAGAAGAUAGCAGAAUCACUUGAAUUGCCAUGCAGAUACAUCUCUCUCGGGUGUCCAGAGAUAUUUCCCUAUUACAGCAAACUCAAGCAUGAGGCUAUUUGUAACUUCAGACCUUACAACUGCCCUUAUGCCGGGUCAGACUGCUCAGUGGUUGGGGAUAUUCCAUGCCUAGUCGCUCAUUUAAGGGAUGACCACAGGGUUGAUAUGCAUUCUGGAUGCACUUUUAACCAUCGCUAUGUCAAGUCUAAUCCCCUGGAAGUGGAAAAUGCUACAUGGAUGCUAACGGUUUUCCACUGUUUUGGUCAGUAUUUUUGCCUCCAUUUUGAGGCCUUCCAGCUAGGCAUGGCUCCCGUUUACAUGGCGUUCCUCCGAUUCAUGGGUGACGAAAGAGAGGCGCGGAACUACAGCUACAGCUUGGAGGUUGGAGGAAAUGGACGCAAACUAACAUUCGAGGGCAGUCCGCGAAGCAUUAGAGAUAGCCAUAAGAAAGUCAGAGACAGUCAUGAUGGUCUCAUCAUUUACCGCAACAUGGCGCUUUUCUUCUCAGGUGGAGAUAGGAAAGAGUUGAAGCUAAGAGUAACAGGGAGGAUAUGGAAAGAACAGCAAAACCCUGAAGGUGGAGUGUGCAUACCCAACCUUUGUAGCUAGGUUGAUUUGCAUAUUCUCUUGAAUGCUAUUUCUUGCUGUAGAUAAUUUGACAAGUCUUAAUCUUUGACUGGUGAAUGGUCAUGGGGAUUUCAACUUCCAAACAAAAUAAAUAAAAAAAACAAAAAAAAAAAACUGAGUUCUAACCAAGAUACUUUGUCAGAUAUUUGGUGUCCUGCGUGUAUCAUAUGCUACUUUUCAACAUGCUUUGGAAUUUUACUUCACAUUUCAUGCAGAACACUUUUGAAGCCGAUCAAGUCACAAAUGGAUCAAAAUCAAUUGUGAACUAGGUGAUAGCAAGUUUGUACCUAGUGAAUACAAAAAAAAUUAUGAAUGUCGAAAUGUUUUGGAAAUAGUGCGAAA